AUUGUUUAUUGUUUAGCUAGCUAACGGUAGCUAACGGGAGAGGACACCGCGCAUGCGCGCAGCUAAAGCCCGCGCAUGCAGGGGUUCAUCUUGAGCUGCAGAAGAUCUUCGGCUGAGAGAAAUGGCGUCUGACAACGGCCUGGCUGCUCUGGGGGUGGAGGGAGCGUCAGCAGCUGCACAUGCUCUGUCUCUUCCUGCAGACGCGUAUGGAAACGAUCCCAGGCUGGAGGUGAUGUGGGCCAUGAAGGCCUACAACCACGCAGAGGUUUACUUCAAUCUCAUCUCCUCCGUCGAUCCAAAGUUCCUCAAGCUGACGAAGCUGGACGACAGAAUCUACUCGUCCUUCAGAGAAACGUUCAGAGAGCUCGACAUCAAGCUGCUGAAAGCAGAAGACCUGAAGUCUGAGCAGGCCAAGGAGACGUGGCGUCCGUUCUGUAACCAGUUCGAAGGACUCAUCGAGGACUUCAACUACGGCACUCUGCUGCGCCUGGACUGUGAGAAGGAUUACACGGAGGAGAACACGAUAUUUGCCACCAGAGCUCAGUUCUUCGCUGUUGAAAUCGCCCGAAACAGAGAAGGCUACAACAACGCCGUGUUCACGGCCAGAAGUGCGAAGAGUUAACCUGGAGCUGCAGAACCGCUCGGACAUCAGCAGCUUCUUAUUUGUUCCACACAUUUUGUACUUAUGUAAAGUUUUAUUGUGCCAAUGGUUUGUUUUGUAAAACUCGUGUUCGCCUGUAACGACAUCGUAAAAAUCAUUUAGUCUGGAUUGAAUUAAAAUGUUGAUGUCAUGA